UGUUCAGACUCUGAAGCGUGUGGACGUGUCUCGCUUACCGCGGUCCCGCGAGUUCGUGAUUGUGUUUGACAACAUUGUGCUUGCUUUGUUCGGUAGAAAAAAAAAUGGCAGUGCCCUUCAACAUGCCUGAAGACCAAAACGAAGUGGAAGUUAUCAUUAACCAGCUUCAGUCACUUCUCACGAAACUUCAAGCAGCCGUCAGAAGGUCCAGGGGACCGACCAUUCGGACGAACCAGACCGCUGUCACUAGAGUGCGUUCUCCUGCUUCAAGCAGACUGAGAUCUCGAGAUGAAUCGUCAGCGACAACCUCGAUUUCUUCAACAAAUUUUCCGGAUCUCCUUAAUAAUAUAGCAUGGCUAGCCGCCGCUAGUCAAGACGCCGCCUCUACGAGUUCAUCUCUGACUGCCAAUUCAGUUACUCGAUCUCCACGCAGAAGGACCAGCUCGGAAUCGUCGAACUGCAAAGAAACGAAGAUCUCUAUCACGGCCAUUGUGAACCACGCACAAGAUUGGAACCAGGCCGACGGCUCUCCUGAUUCCGAACCAGAGCAGGCGUCCGGCGACGGCAUCCUGUCAAAAUUCGUGCCAGGACCGGUCUCAGCCCCUCUGUGGACCGCCAUGAUAUGCUUCGUAGGCUGGCAUUUGUUCCGAGCACGGUAACUGCCUCGCCAUGGCCGCAGCGUACUUUAUCCAAAGCAAAAGUGAUUGAUAAUCGAUAAUUCGUAGAUUAGAAACCGCUCCCAUAUAUUAUGUUUGCUUUAUUAUUGUUUUUUUUAUAUAUGAUAUACUUUCGGUGUGUCUUUAUUUCAUUUAUAGUAUUGUAUAUAAUAUAAUCACGUGAGUGUAUAGGUUUAGUAUAUUAUUUACCUAACGCAGGUGUACGUAGGUCAUUUGUGCACAGUUCCAAAGAGAGGAAAACCAAUCAAAGCGUUGAUCUCAUCCAGUAGGGCCGAGUCCGCACAUAACGGCGGCCACUCUCAGGAAUUCGUACGGUUAGAGUGUUCAGGGCGCCCAUUUGUUUAACAGAUAGUAGCCAUAAAUCCCUAAGAUCAAAUGCGUUAAAGAUUUGGCGUUUCUAUCGAAUACAAAGAUUUUAAAUAUUUUUCUAUAAUUGGAAACUGGUAGGGCAGAAUCUAAAGUAUGGCCAAACCUUUUAAAUUUGCGUUGGUCUUGGUGGUUUGUGGUUGUAACGUCCUGCGGUGUGGGCCCCUGCAUUUGAUUUAUUAUUUUCUGAUUCGGUAGAUUUAUAAUUGUAAAUUAAUUGUAUAUAAAUUUGAAAGUUGGAUUCAGUAUAGCCAAAGAUUGAAUCGUGCCAAACGGCCAAGAACAGAGCCAAGCAGGUGGGCGCGUCGUCUCUUUGUUCGCUUUCGCUAGAGUCUGACUCUGUUGUAGUAAGUUUAAGUAAGGAGCGGCAGGAUUUGCCUGCGCCCUAAUGGUUUUCAAAUGAUCUCCGUAGUUAGAAUAGCGCGGUGCGGCGAAAGCUGGACGUGUGCCGCAAAGUGCCGAUCAGCCCGCACCUGAGGUGUAAAUACAUGGGGGCCAAGUCGGGACAGUAUGCUGGUUAAAGUUUCACGCCUGGACCGACUCGCCCAGCAGCUCGAAAAAACUAGACUCAAACGAAUACCGCUAGCACAAAGUAUCUCAAAAAUUUUCACCACUCUUUCGAAUUCAAUUAGAAAACUUGGCUAAUAAUUAAAUAUGGUCAAAUUAGAAAUAAAUAAGCAUUGGAAAUAUUAAAAUGUUAAUGUGUCAGAUUUGGGAAGUUGUGCCGGUGUGGUUUUUUGAUAUUGUUUCCGGUCUAGUUGAUGUGAGCUCCAGCUACGUGCAUGUUACAUAGCUUUCUUUUAUUUUUUACAUACGAUAUAGGAUUAUAUAAAUAUAAAUGCUGAUAUUUUUAAAGAAAUUAAAGCAAUUUAACUAGAUUAGUAUUUUGUAGGUGUAAGUAGUAGCGUUAAGAAAAAGCUGCGUUGUAGAUGGCUCUUCAAAGCGUCUCUGUGAUUUGCCGAAGAGGCAGUAUAUGCAUGUAAAACGCACUUCAAAGUGCUUUUACAUCAACUCCUGUUUCCACUGAUCUCUGAUACAUUUUGUCAAAUGUUUUGUUUAUAGUUAUGUCCCUAGUCAGUAUAGUCGCUCGUUGUGUUUUAGGGUUGGCUAGGUUUUCAUUUUUUUUUUAUUAUUUCAUAAAUUUUAUUGUGGUAAGUGUGUUAUUGUUUAUUGAUUUUAUUCAUCCCAUAUAGAUAUAGAUAUAAUAUGCCAUUGCCAUAUGAUUUAAAACGCUGUGUACUCAUGUAAUAUCUACAACUCAGUCUUAUUCAUAUGGCCUCCGAGAAAUUUUCCCAAAAAUGUUCAAAAAGUCCGUCAAUUUUACUCGUUACCUAAGCCUUGAAGAACCUACAAGAUCAGUUAAAUUAUUAUCCAAUUUGUAGAAAUUCAUUGUUUCCUUUACUGGUCUAGUAUGCUAAUAUUUGACUUGUAGGUUUUGGAGAAUUUCUAUUUUCAUAAGAAUAAUUCUGAUUCUAUAUAAUAACGCAUUUUGUUCCGAUGUCGUUAGUCUUAUAAAGCAGUCAACCCGCCCCGUCGCGAAAAGUGCUACAUCUUUGUAUUUCCAACAACAUUGGAGUAAAGCCCAAUUUUACUGUAUGUUCCGCCGUGUAUAUUGAAUAUAAUAUUGAUGUAUUGACCCCUGGACCAAUCUUGGCGCGAGGCCUGUGAUAACCUCGAAUGACCAAUAUUUCAGUUACGUGUUGCUUAUCAGUAGCGCAGUUCCUAUCAAAAUGUAUCGCUUAAGUGAUAUAUUUUGACUGGCGCUGUGGAUAUUUUAUCAUUUUUCAGAUAUAAUAAAUGUCAUACGUUUUAUACAUGUUUAUAAACAUACAUAUAUCUAUAUAUUAUUAUUAUUUUUUUUGUGAUGUAUGGAAAAUUGUGUAAGUGGUCUGGUGUAUAGGCUGGACAAUUGUAAGCCAUACACACAUCUACUACCGAUCGUCUUUCACUUGGUAACUUUUUCACUUUUAUAUAGUUGAUUUGAAAUAAAUGUAAAC